AUGGAUCAGAUCACAACACAUCCGUCGAACGCCGCCCAGGCAAAGACCUUCAUCGCGCCCGGUUCUCUGUCCUUCCCAGGUGGUGCGCAUGAGCUCACACCUCCCACCGAUGGCCAAACCGCAAAGAUGAAUGGUCAGCAGCAGGUUGCUCAAGGCCAUGUUGGCAAUGGGGUGGCUCCCGCGACUCCUGCGGCUACACCAGGCACAAGCGCGCCGACGGGUGUAAGUGGGAUCGUCCCUACUUUGCAAAACAUCGUUGCCACUGUCAAUCUCGAUUGCCGUUUGGACUUGAAGACGAUCGCCCUUCAUGCGAGAAACGCAGAAUACAACCCAAAGCGUUUCGCCGCUGUUAUCAUGCGUAUUCGUGAACCAAAGACUACUGCUCUGAUCUUCGCAUCAGGAAAGAUGGUUGUCACUGGUGCAAAGUCGGAAGACGAUUCAAAGCUUGCAUCGCGCAAAUAUGCUCGUAUCAUCCAAAAGCUUGGCUUCAACGCAAAGUUCACCGAUUUCAAAAUCCAGAACAUUGUCGGCUCUUGCGACAUCAAGUUCCCAAUCCGUUUGGAAGGUCUUGCAUCGCGCCAUCACAAUUUCAGCUCUUACGAGCCUGAGUUGUUCCCUGGUCUCAUCUACAGAAUGAUCAAGCCCAAGAUUGUGCUCCUGAUCUUCGUCAGUGGAAAGAUUGUCUUGACCGGUGCGAAAGUCAGAGAAGAGAUCUAUCAAGCCUUCGAAAUGAUCUACCCUGUGCUUCAAGAUUUCAAGAAAGUCUAG